AUGGUGUUAGGAAGCAAGAAAGAGUAGAGAAAAUUGGAAUUGCUAGAAUGGAAAGGACAGGUCUGAUCCAGGUGGAUCCAACAUUUUGAGGUUAACAUGGCCUGAUUUCAGAGAUAGGGGAGGGAGCAGGACCAGUGGUAAUGAGCAGGAGGAAGGUAGGUGUAGCCAGGCAGACACAAGUAGAGGGUGAACCACAAGAUGGAGAUAGAAGACAGACAGAGGUGGAAAGCCAAGGGUUAUUGAAGGUUGCUGAAACUGAGGGAUCUGCUUCAGGGGACAUGGUACAACUCAGACUGGAGGAGACCAGUGCCUCCUUUGCUGCUGCUCUAGAAGUGGUGGAGGAGAAGAUUAAGAAAGAUGACAGCACCAUUGUGUACAACAAGAGCACAGUCAACAUUCUUGAUGAUAUUGGCAGCAUGUUUGAUGAUCUUGCGGACCAGUUGGAGGCCAUGCUAGAUUAAAAACAAAGAGGUAUAUGAG